ACCCAGUGAGUAGAAAGUUGACUUGGUUCCGAGGAUUCCUCUUUUUUUUUCUCCACCUCAAAAGAAGAUCAAAGUUCAAGACAUCAAAACCACUACAUAAAAUUCCAACACAUACUGAAAUAAAAAAACAGAGAACCAAAGUUGUGAGAUGGCAGAAGUGAAAUUGCUUGGUCUUUGGUAUAGCCCUUAUACUCACAGAGUUGAGUGGGCUCUCAAGAUUAAGGGCGUUAACUAUGAGUUUAUAGAACAAGAUCCACAAAACAAGAGCCCUCUGCUGCUUGAAUCCAAUCCCGUUUUCAAGAAAAUUCCAGUGCUAAUUCACAAUGACAAGUUCAUUUGUGAGUCUAUGGUGAUUGUUGAAUACAUAGAUGAUGCAUUUGAAGGCCCUCCUAUUUUACCUAAAGACCCUUAUAAUCGAGCUAUAGCUCGUUUUUGGGCUAAGUUUUUUGAAGAUGAGACGGAAGCACUGGGGAAAAGCUUCUUAUCCAAAGGAGAGGAGAAAGAGAAAGCUACAGAGGAAGCUUAUGAAAUAUUGAAAGUUCUUGAUAAUCAACUCGAAGACAAGAAGUUCUUUGUGGGUGACAAAUUUGGAUUUGCUGAUAUUGCUGCAAAUGGAUUGGGACUUUAUAUGGGAAUUCUUGAAGAAACAACUGGAAUUGUUUUGGCAACAAGAGAAAAAUUUCCAAAUUUUUGUGCUUGGAGAGAUGAAUACUACACUCAAAACAAGGAAUAUUUACCUCCAAGACAUGAGGUACUUGCCAAAUUCAAAGCUCUCUUUCCUGCUGCAUCUGUUGCCAAAUAGAUUUAGGACAAGACUUGUGAGUCAAUUGAAUUACGUUCGAACUAUAUAUGUACACAUUCAAAAACAAAAUAAAAUAUAUGUAGAUAUAACUAGAGCUUGAAUUCGCAUUUAAAUAAAAUUACUUAUCAGUAAA